AUCAAAUUGUACAGCAGAUUUUCGGAAGAGGCGUUCAUUAAUUUACGUUUUUUGCCUAAAGCACAGUGGUUUUAUCGUUAAAAAUGCUUGCUAUAAUCAAUCGUAUCCUUGAUUGGAUUAAAAGCUUGUUUUGGAAAGAAGAGAUGGAGCUGACACUGGUUGGAUUGCAGUACUCGGGGAAAACAACUUUUGUUAACGUCAUUGCCUCUGGGCAAUUCAGUGAAGACAUGAUACCGACAGUAGGAUUCAACAUGCGCAAAAUCACCAAAGGAAAUGUUACUAUUAAGGUUUGGGACAUCGGUGGCCAGCCCAGGUUCCGCUCCAUGUGGGAGAGGUACUGCCGAGGAGUUAAUGCUAUUGUGUACAUGGUAGACGCGGCGGACCCCGACAAGAUCGAGGCGUCCCGCAACGAGCUGCACAGCUUGCUGGAGAAGCAGCAGCUGACCGGCAUCCCCGUGCUCGUGCUCGGCAACAAGCGGGACCUGCCACACGCACUCGACGAGCACGGACUCAUCGAGCGGAUGAACCUGUCAGCUAUUCAGGACCGUGAGAUCUGCUGCUACUCAAUCUCGUGCAAAGAGAAGGACAACAUCGACAUCACGCUACAGUGGCUCAUCGCGCACAGUAAGUCCGGCAGCGCGCGUUAAUCGCACACCAAUAUCGACUCUACGUGCAACACAUCUUUAGCACUUAAGGCGCAGUUUUGCCUGAACUUUCUUAGUAUUUAAUGUUCUUCGUUUACGAAGAAGGAACAAGAAAUACUUUCACAACAUUGGUGACUUACAUUGCACAAA